CCUAGUGAGUGAUCAACAAGGUCCACUUGCUCAGUCAGCACAUUUGAAUUUCGUGAAUAACAAGAGGUUUUAAGGUCCGAAAUAUUUCCAGCACAAGUACGCAUACAUGUAUUCUCAUUUAUUACACAGCUUCAAGAAUUCAUUUGAAAUCGAGUGAAAACAAGAGCUGGCAAGAUAAAUUCCGGAACGGAAAAGUGACAGCACGAGCCUAGCCAGCGCGGCAGACCAUCAUCAACGUGAAGAGGAUGUGGUUGUGUUGAAAGCUGCAGUCUCAGAUCGAGCUAGACAGAUGCAAACCAGAGGUUGAGUCGGAGACAAAACGCCGAGCAGCUUCCAGGAACACGGAAUGUAGUGGACUAGGUAAUAAAAGCUGUGUGGCCUGGGGACUUUUUAAGUGGCAGCUGGUGAGAUUCCACUCUAGUGGUUGCCGGGGGCGAUGAGGGUGCGUUGCUCCCGGAAGCUGGGCCUCCUAGCUAAGUCCUUCUUCCUGCUGUGGGUGCUGUGGCUGGGCUACCUGCUCCUGGUCCGUUCCGCCUCCUUCUCCUCCACAGGGAACGAUGGAGGGGAGGACGGAGGGGGCCGCAGCCUGUUGGUUAGGCACUUGGCCCCUGUGGAGGAACAGGGGAGCGAGCAGCUGGCCAGGCCUGUGUAUGUGAAAGCGCCGGCGGAUGCCAACGCUCCCGGGGAAUGGGGCAAGGCCACCAGGCUAAACCUCAGCCCGGAGGAGAAGAAGCAAGAGGAGGACAGCGUGGAGAGAUACGCUAUUAAUAUCUUUGUCAGCGAUAAGAUCUCUCUGCACCGACACAUCCAGGACAACAGGAUGAAGGAAUGCAGAGCGAAGAAGUUUGACUACCGCCAUCUGCCGACCACGUCAGUGAUCAUAGCGUUCUACAACGAGGCCUGGUCCACCCUGCUCAGGACUAUCCACAGUGUUCUGGAGAGCACUCCUGCUGUCCUCCUGAAGGAGAUCAUUCUCAUAGACGACUUUAGUGACCGAGUCUAUCUGCAGUCUCAGCUGGAGCAGUACAUCAGUAACUGGGAGCGCGUCCGCCUCAUCCGCACCAACAAGAGGGAAGGGCUGGUCAGGGCGAGGCUCAUCGGCGCCACCUACGCCACGGGGGACGUAUUGACCUUCCUGGACUGUCACUGCGAGUGUGUCCCCGGCUGGAUCGAGCCGCUCUUGGAGAGGAUUGGAGAGAAUGAGAGCACCAUCGUGUGUCCGGUGAUCGACACCAUCGACUGGAACUCGUUUGAGUUCUACAUGCAGACAGAUGAGCCCAUGAUCGGAGGCUUUGACUGGAGGCUGACUUUCCAGUGGCACUCCCUCCCUGAGGUCGACCGUAAGAAACGCAAAUCCCGCACCGAACCCAUCAGGUCUCCUACCAUGGCCGGUGGGCUGUUUGCUGUGAGCAAGGCUUACUUUGAGUACCUGGGCACAUAUGACAUGGGCAUGGAGGUGUGGGGAGGAGAGAACCUGGAACUGUCCUUCAGGGUGUGGCAGUGUGGAGGUUCUCUGGAGAUCCACCCCUGCUCCCAUGUGGGCCACGUCUUCCCAAAGAAAGCCCCCUACGCCAGGCCCAAGUUCCUCCAGAACACGGUCCGUGCUGCUGAGGUGUGGAUGGACACCUACAAACAGCACUUCUACAACAGAAACCCCCCUGCCAGAAAGGAGACCUAUGGGGACAUCUCAGAGAGGGUUGUCCUCAGAGAGAGACUGAAGUGUAACAGCUUUGACUGGUACCUGAAGAACAUCUACCCUGACCUGCAUGUACCAGAGGACCGGGAGGGCUGGCACGGGGCGGUGCGUAGCUCUGGGAUCCAUUCAGAGUGCCUGGACUACAACGCUCCGGAACACAGUCCCACGGGGGCGCACAUCUCCCUCUUCGGUUGCCAUGGGCAAGGUGGCAACCAGUACUUUGAGUACACGACACAUAAGGAGAUCCGCUAUAACUCUGUGACGGAGCUAUGUGCCGAGGUCCCAGAGGGACAGACUUACAUUGGGAUGAAACACUGCCCCCACGACAGAACCCCUACACCCCCCACCAUCAUCUGGGAGUUUAGAGAGGACGGGACCGUAUACCACCCUCACUCAGACAUGUGUGUCACCUCCUGCCGCACAGCCGAGGGGCGAGCGGACGUCCAGAUGAGGACGUGCACCCCCGGGGACAAGCACCAGCGCUGGAAGUUUGAGAACGGGGGGAACUAGCUUCACCCUAACCCUAAUUGACCUUUGACCUAAGUGCAAUUACAGUUCCACGGUGGACGAUUGAGAGGCAGGAUUUUUAAAGAGAGGACCAAGCAAAACCUCUCAGCAAACUACCUACUUGUUCCCUGUGGGAAGACUUCCUCAUUUAAAGUGCCUUUGCAAACCAAGUGGGGUCCACACCAGAGGUGACCGUAUUUAUGCCCGUCUGUCAGAAUGCCCUAGUUUUGUAGAUCUUUCCUUCCUGUCACUAUGGGAGUUUAAAAACAAUAAGAAAGCUUGAAGGAACAUUCCAGGAUUGUCUAGUGGUGUCAGAUCUAAAAGACUGGUUUCAAAGAGGAUCAAUGGCAGGCAUCAUGGGAAUUUGGUUUUUUAAUUCAGUGGGAUCGGCAUAGAUUCUAACAAGUACUGUUGCACUACAGAAUGAUUUUAUAGAAUAUUUUUUUUUUUUUCAUGUAGACCACAACAAAUAACUGAAUUGUGUUGUCCUUAAAAUAAGAUUUAAAAAAGUUUAGUACAUUAAAACGACUCAUUUCGAGGUCUAAAUGAUUACUCUUUUCUAUGUGUGGUUAAUCUGGGGGUUUGUAAUUCAAAGAUAACCCUUUGAGAUAGCUGAAUAAGUUCCAAAGCUUUGUAUCAUAUGAGACUUAACUAUACAAGCCCCAUGGAGUUAACAGAACCCUGUCAUGCUAGGAUACUGUGUGUUCUACUCACCAGUGUCUGUCUCUCUGGAGACUGUCAUGCUAGGAUACUGUGUGUUCUACUCACCAGUGUCUGUCUCUCUGUUUGGAGACUGUCAUGCUAGGAUACUGUGUGUUCUACUCACCAGUGUCUGUCUCUCUGUUUGGAGACUGUCAUGCUAGGAUACUGUGUGUUCUACUCACCAGUGUCUAUCUCUCUGUUUGGAGACUGUCAUGCUAGGAUACUGUGUGUUCUACUCACCAGUGUCUGUCUCUCUGUUUGGAGACUGUCAUGCUAGGAUACUGUGUGUUCUACUCACCAGUGUCUGUCUCUCUGUUUGGAGACUGUCAUGCUAGGAUACUGUGUGUUCUACUCACCAGUGUCUGUCUCUCUGUUUGGAGACUGUCAUGCUAGGAUACUGUGUGUUCUACUCACCAGUGUCUGUCUCUGUUUGGAGACUGUCAUGCUAGGAUACUGUGUGUUCUACUCACCAGUGUCUGUCUCUCUGUUUGGAGACUGUCAUGCUAGGAUACUGUGUGUUCUACUCACCAGUGUCUGUCUCUCUGUUUGGAGACUGUCAUGCUAGGAUACUGUGUGUUCUACUCACCAGUGUCUGUCUCUCUGUUUGGAGACUAUCAUGCUAGGAUACUGUGUGUUCUACUCACCAGUGUCUGUCUCUCUGUUUGGAGACUGUCAUGCUAGGAUACUGUGUGUUCUACUCACCAGUGUCUGUCUCUCUGUUUGGAGACUGUCAUGCUAGGAUACUGUGUGUUCUACUCACCAGUGUCUGUCUCUCUGUUUGGAGACUCAUGCUAGGAUACUGUGUGUUCUACUCACCAGUGUCUGUCUCUCUGUUUGGACCCUGUCAUGCUAGGAUACUGUGUGUUCUACU